CGUGUUCAUCCAUGUGUUCAACAUCGCUGAGCGAAGUACACGAUUGGAUUUUCGACGAAAUUUCGAAGUUUCAAGGUGGUAUCGAUGUAAAGAGGCGUCCCGAUUGGAAAUACCAUUCGAAAUUAGAUCUCCGAAAAUGGACCCGAAGACCGAUUCGAUGAUCCCCGAUGGCACGGUCAGCCGUUCGAUCGAGAUCGGUCUCCGCGUGAUCGGCGUUUGGCCCGACUCGUCCUACACGGUCCUCCGCCGUGCCUUCUGGAUGAUCACUCUGGCAAUGGCGCAGACCUUUCAGUAUCGAUAUUUCGUCAUACACGUCCGCACGGACGACCUGUCGCAUCUGAUGGAUGGUCUGAGCACUACGAUGUCCUAUAGCCUCCUACUAUUGAAACUCACGAUAUUCUGGAUCAAACGACGGAUAUUCUACGACAUCUUGGCGAUGAUGGCUCGAGAUCGGAGCGAGUGCGUGAGCGAAUGGGCCGUCGGUUUGAUGUCAAAGACGAUCGAUAUCUCGCAUCGAUCGUCCAACUUGAUCAUCGGCCUCUAUUCGAUGUCGGUGUUUCUUUACGGCGCCGGUGUGCUUGUCGCCCAUCCUGACGAGCCCGAGGACCAGCUCACGACGAUGCCGCCGCGAGAGUUGUUUCUCAAGAUGGAGCUACCUUUCGAGUCCAAUGCUUCCCCUGCGUACGAACUCGUUAUGAUCACGCAGUUUUUCCAUCAACUUGCGGCAGCCACGAUAGUCGGCGUGCUUAACGCCCUAAUUGUCUCACUGAUUCUUCACGUAGGUGGGCAAAUCGAUAUAAUGUGUCGAGGGUUGGUAGAAAUCUCCUCAGGUGACGACACGUUCGACUUGCAAACCUCAACCAUCAAAGCUCUAAUACGUCAACAUCAGAGGAUUAUAGCUCUCUCGUCCGACAUUGAGAGAGUCUUCUCGUAUAUAGCUCUGAUGCAGUUCCUGUGGAAUACUUUAGUCAUCUGCUGUCUCGGAUUUCUAAUUGUGACCUCGAUCGGCAGCACGCAGGGAUCGACGACGUUGAUCAAAUCCCUUUUUUUUUAUGUCGUCAUUACUUUGGAAGCGUUUAUAUUUUGUUAUGCUGGAGAAUAUCUCAGCGCAAAGAGCAGAAUGAUCGGCGAUGCAGCUUACGAAGCGAAGUGGUACAGCUCGCAUCCCACGCAGAGUCGUAUUUUAUUGCUGUUGAUUUUGAGAUCGCAAAGAAAGUUAACUAUUACGAUCGGAAAAUUUAUGGAUCUCUCCCUAGAACGUUUCACAACAGUAAGAUGCACUUUCAGAACUAUGUUUUCCUUUGCUGUAUCUGAUAUAGGUUGUACGUACUUUGAAAGGAAAUACAAGUACACGUUGCCAAUUUCGAAUUCGACUUAUGAAUUAUCAAGAGACAAUAUAUUUUUACAAAUAGAGUUUAUGCUCAACUUUUUUGCUUUAUUACAUCCUUAUAUCAGUUUUGUCGAUAAAAGUAUAUCACAUUUUAGUAGCUGCUUUAUAAAAUACGACAAGUUUUACCUUCUUUCUUCUAGAUUAUUAAGGCAUCAGGGUCUUAUGUAUCCGUGCUGCAUGCUAUGUCCUGAAAGCCGUGUAUAGUUGAAGAGGCAAUGUACCCUCCGUGUUUUAUGUAGAUAUCGUGUUAUAAGAAACGCGAAUAUGUCUCGCAAAUUCUAGUAACUCAUUAACGUUCCACGAACGCGAAUGCCCUCAUGUAAGACUACUUCAAUACAUCUCAUUCGAUUCGAUAAUA